AUGAGCGACCUUGAUAUAGAAAAGAAGCCGAGCGUCAAGCCCGCAUCCAGCGAGAAUGCCUCCGGUGCUGAUGACAACGAUGCCAUGAAGCUGGCCGAGAUGGGUUACACCCAAGACCUGCAGCGCAACUUCUCGGUUCUGUCCCUGAUCGGUAUUGCUUUUUGCAUGUCCAACUCCUGGUUCGGUAUCUCCGCCUCGUUAAUUACUGGUAUCAGUUCCGGAGGCACUGUUCUUCUGGUGUAUGGAUUGAUCUGGAUCUCUUUCGUCUCGCUAUGUGUGGGCACGUCACUGUCAGAAUUGGCCAGUGCCAUGCCCAACGCUGGCGGACAGUAUUUCUGGGCCAGUCAGUUGGCUCCUCCGAAAUAUGCCCGUUUUGCUUCCUACUUCACCGGCUGGUUUGGCUAUGCCGGUGCUAUUUUUGCCUGUGCUAGUGUGGCUCUCAGUCUGGCUCAAGGUGUCAUAGGAAUGUGGAAACUGGGUCAUCCUGACUUUGUCAUCGAAGCAUGGCAUACUGUCGUGGUCUACCAAUUGAUCAACUUCUUCUGCUACCUGUUCAACUGCUGGGGCAAGACCCUGCCGUUGGUGGCCAAGGGGACGCUGUACAUCUCGUUGGUUUCGUUCUUCGUCAUCCUGAUUGCCGUCCCUGCCUGUGCGAGCAGCCACCAGAGCGGCCACUAUGUCUUUGCGCAGUUUGUCAACUCAACCGGCUGGAAGUCCGACGGCAUGGCCUUCAUCGUUGGUCUCAUCAACCCGAACUGGAUCUUCGCCUGUCUCGACUCUGCCACGCACAUGGCCGAAGAGGUGCCCCAGCCAGAGCGCAACAUCCCCAUCGCCAUCCUGGCUACCGUGGGAAUUGGCUUCACCACCUCAUGGUUCUACUGUAUCUCCAUGUUCUUCAGUCUCAAGGACUUGAACAAGCUCAUCAACUCGGCCACCGAGGUUCCCAUCCUGGAACUCUACUACCAGGCCCUGAACAACAAGGCCGGCGCUAUUGUUCUGGAGACUCUGCUUAUCGUCACGGGUAUGGGUUGUCUCAUCGCCUGCCACACCUGGCAGUCGCGUCUUGUGUGGUCGUUCGCCCGUGACCGUGGCGUGCCAGGGCACCAGUGGAUCUCGCAGGUCAACAAGACGCUCGACGUGCCGCUCAUGUCACACAACGUUAGCUGCUUCAUUGUCGGUGUUCUUGGCCUUCUCUACUUGGGAUCCUCGACCGCGUUCAACAGUAUGGUGACUGCAUGCAUUACUCUCCUGUACAUCUCGUACACAACCCCGAUUCUGUGUCUCUGGUACCGCGGGCGCAACAACAUCCGCCACGGACCUUUCUGGCUGGGUACCUGGGGUCUUGCCGCCAACAUCGUCACUUUGCUCUGGACGGUUUUCUGUCUGGUCAUGUACUCGUUCCCGUCGACCAUGCCUGUUACUACUGGCAACAUGAACUACGUCUGCGCCGUGUACGGUGUUGUCGUGUUUGUCCUUCUCACAGACUGGUUCGCCCGGGCCCGUCGCGAGUACAAGGGAGUACAGGAGUCGCAAGGCGAAGGUGUACUCCUCAACCAGCCGCAUUGCCAUUAA